CAUUAAAAAAAGCCUUAAAUAUAUACCCACAGAAAGUCACGAGUCCCCUCAAAAAGCCUCGUCGUUUCGCACGAAAACCCUUAGUUCAAUUUUCUGCCUCGGCUGAAUAGGGGAUGGAAAGAGUAACAGAGAAAGAGUGUGGUAGCAGUACUAGUAGUAGUAAGAGCAGUAAGCCAAUUCCAGAUUCAGUAAUGGAAGCAGUGAAGAGAACAUCGAAGAACAUUGAUGAUUUGAGUAGUAAUGUAGAUGAAUUGUUGUCUCUUUAUGGUGCUGAUGCUUUUCCUGAGAUGGGUCCUCUUCAACAGGCCCAAUCUUUGAUUUUGCUUGCUAAAGCGACUACUACUCUAUUUGCAUUGAGGCUUAGAUGUAAGGGGAUCAACCCAGAUGAACAUCCUGUCAAAUUAGAGUUUGAACGUCUCAGCUUGUACCAAGAGAAACUGCAGGGAUUGAUGGACUUGAAUAAAGCGCCAUUGCGACCAUCAGCUAGGAUAAAUCCACAAGCUGCAACUCGAUUUAUCGAGCAUUCGUUGCCUGAUCUUACACCUGAGCAGAGAAAAAACAUGAUAGAAAUCAGUAAAGGUGAUGGGCCUAGGAUUAAGUGUGUGGAAAGAAUUGUUCAUAAGAAGAGGAAGUAUCCUGAGCAGCAAUCUGUUCGAACUGCUACCCAGGAGUUUCUUGAGAAAGCUGCCCGUGAGCUUCUUGGUGAAAACCAGAGUGGUUUUAAGGGACCUUUACAGCUGCCUGAGGUUGAUGGUGAAGACGUACCUAUGAGCUGAUUUUCUGAAAUUUUCUUUUGUCGAUGGAGCCAUGGAGGUGCACCACCAGAUUUAGUGUUGAUGAGCUUUUCAAGCGCCUUGUUCGAGUUCCAGACAAUGAAGAAGAUUCUCAAAUGAUACGCAAGCUUUGCAGUAAUUUCUACUUUUGCCGCUAAUCAUUGAUGCAAGUUAUAAUUUAAUAGAGUUUGCUUUCGGUAUUUAGCUAUGAAUCCGAAGUUGCUCCUUGUUUUGUGUAAGGUUGUUUAUUGUAAGAGAAUAAACAGUUUAGAAAAGGAUCAAUUAGCUGGCAGUUAUAUGUACAAUAGUGCAGCAAAAACUCGAAAAUAUCUUUUUGUAGUUUAAUUUAUUUUCCAUGGAUCCUUCUACAGUAGGAGUAAUGAAGCUUGUGUGGUCAGGGUAUUAAAAAAAGCAAGCGUAUUUCAGGUCCAAUUUUUGAGGAUAUUUAGUGUAUCUAGAAUGUGUUUUACAUUAAUAGCAUUCAUAGACUUGGUUGUGAAA